AUGGUUGGUGUCAUUUACGUGAGCCUUUUAUUAUCUGAGCGUUUUAAUAGCACCCCAUUAGCAACUGUGGUUGAAAGCACAAUUUAUCCCGUUUCUGAUAUUUCGUAUCCUGCGGUGACCAUUUGCAACUACAAUCGUGUGAAUUGGAAUCGUGUUGAAGCCGCAAAAAGGAAAUAUAUCCCGAAUGCAACUGAAAAUGUAGUAAAACAAUUUGAAUCUUACCUCAAAACGAUUAACCGCUUGGAAUAUGGAUCUUUUGAUGAGUUUCAAGACAUUGAUACUUGGGAUAUCGAUGCUCUUGAACACAUUGACCUUCUGGAGUUGUAUCGAGAUGUUGCCUACACUUGUGAGGAAAUGUUUGACUCAACAGCAACUUGUUGGUGGAGAAAUAAAUUUUUCAAUUGUUGUCAAAUUUUUCACACACAACGCAGUGAAUAUGGGAUUUGUCUUUCUUUUAAUUCUGUCACAAAUUCUGAUGGACACGAAAUGUUUCUAAACUCUUCGAAUUCGUACCCUCGUCGUACGAGCAGUUCCAUGGAUUGGUCAGGAUUGCGAAUUGAAAUCACGAUUCCCACAAGUGGAAUGCCUCCCGGUCUUCCUACUGAAGACAUGGGACUGAUGGUUAUCGUGGGAAACCCUUUUGAAUGGCCAAGUAAUGGAUAUCUCGUGCCAGCUGGAACAAAUACAGGCGUUUCCGUUCAUCCAACUUACUCGUAUUCGACUGAAAAUAUUUAUCACCUUGCAAUUAACGAAAGAAUGUGCAUUUUUGACGAAGAUAUUAAACUAAAUCACAUCGACAAUGCAAGUGUCAUGCGGCUCCCGUUGCGACUCGAUCGUUAUUAUGUCGGAAACUGCUACUCGGAGUGUCGACAACAACACAUGAUAAAAUUCUGCAACUGCACUAUUGACUUUUUCUACAAACCUGGCAACUAUACGCCUUGUCGCAUGUCUGGAAUAAAGUGUCUGAACAAGUUUGAUCAGAUUAUGAAUUAUCAGAAGCCUCCAUCGGGUAAUUCGUUCUUUUCUGAUGACGAACCUGGAAUUAGCUGCAAUUGCUGGCAGGAAUGCACAAGAACAGAAUAUGCAGUUGAAGUGGCUCCGAAUAUGCUGAGCGAAGCAACUCCCGGUAAAAUUAUUCUUGAUGUGCAUUAUCAGAGAUCGACAACGGUGAAAUAUCGUACAGACGUCGUUUUUGGAUGGAUGGAUCUCAUGGGUAAAUAA